AUGAGGAGCUCCUUGAUGGUGGAGAAAGAUGCAAGAAUUGAGGUAGAGAGAGAAGAAAGAGAUGACUUGGAAGAGACGCAAAACGAACCAGAUGAUUUCAACUCAAUUCCACCAUGGAAGAGUCAAAUCACUUUCAGAGGGAUCGUUGCAAGCUUGAUCAUUGGUAUUAUCUACAAUCUGAUCGUGAUGAAGCUAAACCUAACCACAGGUUUGAUCCCCACCCUAAACGUCUCUGCAGCACUUUCAGCAUUCGUGUUGCUUAGAAGCUGGACAAAGCUACUCACAAAGGCAGGGAUUAUGACUAAACCGUUCACUAAACAAGAGAACACUGUGGUGCAAACAUGUGCUGUUGCAUGUUACAGCGUUACAAUAGGAGGUGGGUUUGGUUCGUACCUUCUUAGUUUGAACACAAGGACUUAUGAACAGUCAGGAGUUCACACUGAGGGGAAUAGUCCGGGAAGCACAAAAGAGCCAGGGAUUGGUUGGAUGACUUGUUUCUUGUUCUUUACUUGCUUUGUUGGUCUAGUCCCUACCUUUCUUAAAGGAACCAGUGCCAAAAGACCAACAAAGCAAAUAAAACAAGAAGAAACUCUGUUUUCUAUUUACAGAAGAAAAAACAUGAGGAGCUCCUUGAUGGUGGAGAAAGAUGCAAGAAUUGAGGUAGAGAGAGAAGAAAGAGAUGACUUGGAAGAGACGCAAAACGAACCAGAUGAUUUCAACUCAAUUCCACCAUGGAAGAGUCAAAUCACUUUCAGAGGGAUCGUUGCAAGCUUGAUCAUUGGUAUUAUCUACAAUCUGAUCGUGAUGAAGCUAAACCUAACCACAGGUUUGAUCCCCACCCUAAACGUCUCUGCAGCACUUUCAGCAUUCGUGUUGCUUAGAAGCUGGACAAAGCUACUCACAAAGGCAGGGAUUAUGACUAAACCGUUCACUAAACAAGAGAACACUGUGGUGCAAACAUGUGCUGUUGCAUGUUACAGCGUUACAAUAGGAGGUGGGUUUGGUUCGUACCUUCUUAGUUUGAACACAAGGACUUAUGAACAGUCAGGAGUUCACACUGAGGGGAAUAGUCCGGGAAGCACAAAAGAGCCAGGGAUUGGUUGGAUGACUUGUUUCUUGUUCUUUACUUGCUUUGUUGGUCUUUUGGCACUGGUUCCUUUAAGAAAGUAUAAAGCUCCUUACGCUUUGGUUUACAGAAACAUGGCGAUUCUUGGAGUUGAAGGUUUCUCUGCUUUGCCUCUGCAUUGUUUACAGCUUUGCUAUGGAUUCUUCGCGUUUGCGGUGGCGGCGGACGUCGUUAGGGAUCUGUCGCCGGAGAAGGUUGGGAAGUGGGUCCCACUGCCGAUGGCUAUGGCGGUUCCGUUUCUUGUCGGAGGGUAUUUUGCUGUGGAUAUGUGUGUUGGGAGUUUGAUAGUGUUUGUGUGGAACAUGAGGGAUAGAGUUAAAGCCGGUUUGAUGGUACCGGCGGUUGCUUCCGGUUUGAUAUGUGGAGAUGGUCUUUGGAUUUUGCCGUCGUCGAUUCUUGCUUUGGCCGGAGUGAAACCUCCGAUAUGUAUGAGAUUCGUGCCGAGUAAAUAG